AACGCCGAGCCGAAGGUUAUUUACAUUCGUUGUGAUCACAUUUGUGUUAUUAUUAAUAAUUUUACCCCAGUACAUCUACGCGGGUUAUUUGUGUGAGCUCACAAUCUCAUUGGUGUCCUUUUUUCGUGAUGGUUCGUAACGAGCACCAUAGAAAGCGGUCUCGAAGCAGGUCUAAGGACCGAAAGAAGAGACGCCGUACUCCUAGCCCUCGUUCGCGGGAACGAGAACGGGAGAGGGAACGUGAACGUGAACGUGAGCGCGAGAGAGAAAGGGAAAGAGACAGAGACAGGGAAAGAGAGCGUGAUCGGGAAAGGGAAAGAGACAGAGACAGAUACCGCCGCUCGAGGAGCCGUGACAGAAAAUACGACAAAGACAAGGACAAAGAUAAAGAUAGAAGUAAACGCAACUCUUCAUCUAAAUUUAAGCAGAAACCAUUGAAAGAUUCACGCUCUAAAUCAAGAUCUAAGUCCAGAGACCGGGAUAGGAAAGAUAAAGACAAGACAGAGGAUAGCAAAGAAGAUGAAGCUUAUAUCCCUGCAAAUUUGGACAAGGAAGCGGAACAAAAGAGACUAGAAGAAGAAAUGAGAAAGCGCCGAGAGAGGAUUGAACUAUGGCGAGCUGAGCGUAAGAAGGCAGAAACGGCUGAAGGCGUCAAACAAAUAGUCAAAAAUGCUACUGCUGCUGUGAACAAUAUUGUAGCAUCAGGACGAAAAUGGAAUUUAGAAGAUGAUGAUGAUGAUGACGAUGAAGAAAAGGAUAAGAAAAAGGACCCAGAAGAGAAAGAUGACACAGAGGAAGUGGAAGAGAAAGUAAAGGUAGAAGGGGAGGCAGAGGAGCAAAAGGAGGAGGAGGAGAAGAAGGAAGAAAUAGUUAAGGAGGAGGAAGAUGAAGAUGAAAUUGAUCCCUUGGACGCAUUCAUGAUGGGAGUUCAAGAGGAAGUCCGAAAAGUCAAUAAACAGGAUUCGAAAAGCUCAGGUCCAGCCCCUGGUCCUGUCCCAGUUAAAACAGCUGGUGUAGUUAUUGUGUCAGGUGUAGCCAAGAAAAGAUCAGAUAAGAAAAAGGGAGAAUUGAUUGAACAAAAUCAAGAUGGUUUGGAGUAUUCAUCGGAAGAAGAAGAAGAAAAUUUAAAUGAAACUGCUGCCAUUUUAGCCAACAAACAAAAGAAGGAACUAGCCAAAGUUGAUCACAGUACCCAAGAAUAUCAACCAUUCCGCAAAAGUUUUUAUGUUGAGGUUCCUGAAAUUGCUCGGAUGUCUAAUGAAGAAGUGGAAGCUUUUAAAGAGGAAAUGGAGGGCAUCCGUAUCAAGGGGAAAGGUUGUCCAAGACCUAUCAGGACUUGGGCUCAGUGCGGUGUAAGUAAAAAAAUGUUGGAGGUUCUUAAAAAAAACAACUAUGAAAAACCAACUCCAAUUCAAGUACAAGCCAUCCCUGCUAUUAUGUCAGGUCGAGACCUUAUUGGUAUUGCAAAAACUGGAUCUGGAAAAACUUUGGCAUUUGUCCUUCCAAUGUUGAGGCACAUUAUGGACCAGCCACCCCUUGAAGAGCUUGAUGGUCCAAUUGCGGUAAUCAUGAGUCCCACCCGUGAGCUGUGCAUGCAAAUAGGCCGAGAGUGUAAAAAGUUCACAAAGCCACUGGGUCUUCGCGUGGUUUGCGUGUACGGCGGUACUGGGAUAUCGGAACAGAUAGCAGAGUUGAAGAGAGGGGCUGAGAUAAUUGUGUGCACCCCCGGCCGCAUGAUUGAUAUGCUAGCUGCAAACAGUGGUCGAGUGACUAAUUUGAAAAGAGUCACUUACAUUGUACUAGAUGAGGCUGAUCGAAUGUUUGACAUGGGCUUUGAACCACAAGUAAUGAGAAUAAUUGAAAAUGUUAGGCCUGACCGUCAAACUGUCAUGUUCAGUGCAACUUUCCCUAGACAGAUGGAAGCCUUGGCCAGAAGAAUAUUGAAUAAACCUAUUGAAAUUCAAGUGGGAGGACGCAGUGUUGUCUGCAAAGAUGUUGAACAACAUGUUGUAAUAUUGGAGGAGGAGCAAAAGUUCUUAAAAUUAUUAGAAUUACUUGGUGUCUACCAGCCACAAGGUGGUGUGAUAGUGUUUGUGGACAAACAGGAAAGUGCUGAUGAACUUCUUAAGGAUCUCAUGAAGGCCUCUUAUCACUGCAUGUCUCUACAUGGUGGAAUUGAUCAAUUUGACAGAGAUUCCACAAUUACUGAUUUUAAAUCCGGUAAAGUGAAAUUAUUGGUUGCAACUUCUGUUUGUGCCCGAGGUCUUGACGUCAAAAAUCUUAUUUUGGUUGUAAAUUAUGAUUGCCCAAAUCACUAUGAAGAUUAUGUGCAUAGAGUUGGCCGGACUGGCAGAGCUGGCAACAAAGGUUUUGCCUACACUUUUUUAACACCGGAUCAAGAACGGUCUGCUGGUGAUAUUCUCCGUGCAUUUGAACUGUCUGGUGUCCCAGUUCCUGAUGCACUUCGUAUCAUGUGGGAUAGGUGUAAAGCCAGGGCUGCUGCUGAGGGGAAAAAGAUUCAUACUGGUGGAGGCUUCUCAGGCCGGGGCUUCAAGUUUGACGAAAAUGAAGCCCAAGGAGUGGCUGAACGAAAGAAAUUCCAGAAAGCUGCUCUUGGCUUACAAGAUUCAGAUGAUGAAGACGUGGAAAAUGAUAUUGACCAGCAAAUUGAAAGUAUUAUGGCUCCCAAGCGAAUUGUCAAAGAAAUCAAAGCUGCAUCUCUUACAGCGGGUGGUGUUCCAGUUAUUCCUUCCUCUGGUUCUGCACCAGCUACUGGGCCUUCUGAUAAACUUGAGCUGGCGAAGCGAUUAGCUUCCAGAAUACAGGUUGCGAAGAACUUGGGCGCGGAUGCAAAGGUCAUGACGCAGGUCACUGCUGAAGCCAUUCUUAAGGGAGCUGCUGGAGGGCAGCCUCUCAUCACGGCCAAGACUGUGGCUGAACAGCUAGCUGCAAAACUAAACACCAAACUUAAUUACCAACCAAAAGAAGAAGAGGAAGAAAAGGUCAAAGAAGAGGAACCUGAAACAUUUAGAAAGUAUGAAGAAGAAUUGGAAAUCAAUGACUUCCCUCAACAAGCUCGUUGGCGGGUCACUUCUAAGGAAGCUUUGGCUCAGAUUAGUGAGUACUCAGAAGCUGGAAUCACUGUUCGUGGAACAUUCUAUCCUCAAGGCAAAUCACCUCCUGAAAAUGAGCGGAAACUUUUCCUUGCCAUUGAGAGUACUAAUGAAAUGGCUGUUAUGAAAGCAAAAACUGAAAUCACGAGGUUGAUCAAGGAAGAGUUAAUGAAGCUUCAGACAUCAGGCCAUCAUGGUUUGAAAUCUCGCUACAAAGUUUUAUGACGAUGGAACUUAAAUGUUUCUGUGGUUUUUUACCAACUUAGCCAUAUAUUUUAUUAUUUUAGAACUCUUUUUGUAGGGACUGUUGCUCUGUAAAUCAUUUCAUUGUAUCUGUGAGUGAAGUUGUAUAUUUGUCACUUCUUGUUAUGGACUGCUGACUUACAGGUACUAGUCGUAAUUAAUUUUUACAAGAAUGAUGUGCUUUAAUUCAAAUUAUGAAUAAUCUGUGUGUUGUUCCUGAAACUUGACAGUGUUUUAAGAUGCUGGCAUGCAUUUGUAAAUUGCAGAAGCCCAGCUCUAAUUCAAUCAAUAAUUUAUUGUCUUUGUAAUGAAAUUCUUAACAUUCUGUUCAUUAGUUGCUCCUUUUGUCAAAACCAAUUACACAAGUUUUUUUCUUGUCCUUAGAUUCA